UGCUGAAUUAGCUAGCUUGUCUUUAUACGCUGCGGUACAUAUUAAUUUUCAGUGUUAAUUCGGAUUGAAAAGGGCAUCAUCCAUCGGAUAUCGGUUAAUUUCAUUACGGUGUGCUAAUAGACAGUGUCGCCGAACAGUUCCCGUUGGUGUGGAACCGUUUUUCUACAGUACUCUAGUAUGCUUCGGUUCAAUCACUAAUUUCUUUUUGCAAAGAAAAGUAGAGUACGUUCUUUCUGCGGAAUAUUCGUGCGGGUAUGUGUGUGUGAGAGUAAUCAUCAUCAUCAUCAUCGUUGGCAUCGCCAGUCAGGAAUAUGUAGCAUAGUUUUGUGAAACCCGACCGAAGUGCACACACAACAAACCAACAAACACGCGAAGAAGAGAAGUGAAAAGAAAGCCAAGAACCGUAGUUCGUGUCAAUCUUCUGUUCUCCAUUCUUCGUUAUCUUUUUUGGUAUCGAUUCGUCGCAUACCUAGUAGAUGUAGUGUUUUGAAUGAGUGCUUUUCAAUUGCAUAGAAAUAUGUAAAUAAAACGGAACGGAAAAGUGUCCCAUUUUUAAUUGUUAGGAAAAAGUGCAUUCUACAAGUGUGGCGUUCCGGCGAAACCUGCCAAAUCGAACCUGAAGAAAAAGGUGUGUUGGACGACAUUGUAAAACCUACCUGUAGAAGUGCAAAACAGAGGGGGCAAAGUGCGGUGUGAUUUUUAUUGAUUUUUGCAAUAAUUGUGUUCGCUUGCCUGUGGUAUGGCAAAAGUUGGCUUCCAAACAGAUUGAAGCGACGGAAAGAAGCCCGCAAGUGUUGAAAAAAAAAGUGGUUACAAAAGAAGAAGGAAUCCGGUUCUUAAACCGUGCUGGAGUGCGGGCGAACGGGCCAGGAAAGUAAGAAAAAAAACCAGCAGCAGCGGUAAGCGCGGUAGAGUGUGGAAAAAAGAUAGUGUACUGUGCACAAGUGAGCUGUCCGUUCCGUUCCGUUCCUUGAUCCCGAAGAAGAAACCCGCUCUGAUGUUGUGGCUCUGAGGCGCGUCGGUGUAUCUGUGCGUAUGUAUGUGCGACCGGUUAUGCUAUAAGGAAUAUACCACCACGGAACACGAUACGACGGCGACGACCCCUGCGACGCGAGUGGCAACGAGAAAAAAGCGGUCAUAAUGUUCAAAUGCAUCCCGAUCUUCAAGGGCUGCAAUCGCCAAAUCGAAUAUGUGGACAAACGUCACUGCUCGCUGCAAAACGUACCGGAGGAGAUCCUCCGGUAUUCGCGGUCGCUCGAGGAGCUGCUGCUCGAUGCUAACCAUCUACGGGAUCUGCCCAAGAACUUCUUUCGCCUGCAUCGGCUGCGAAAGCUUGGACUCAGCGACAAUGAGAUCAUGAAGCUACCGGCGGACAUUCAGAACUUUGAGAACCUGGUGGAACUGGACGUCUCACGGAAUGAUAUCGGUGACAUUCCGGAUGACAUUAAACACCUGCGCAGUUUACAGGUUGCCGAUUUUAGCUCCAAUCCGAUUCCGCGGCUGCCGGCCGGUUUCUCGCAGCUGCGAAAUCUCACGGUGCUCGGCCUGAACGAUAUGUCCCUGACGACGCUACCGCAGGACUUUGGAUGUCUAACGAAGCUGGAAUCGCUGGAGCUGCGCGAGAAUCUGCUCAAAAGUUUACCGGAAUCGAUCAGCCAGCUCGGCAAACUGGAACGGCUCGAUUUGGGGGAUAACGAAAUCGAAGAGCUUCCGCCCCACCUGGGCUAUCUGCCGUCGCUGCAGGAACUGUGGCUCGAUCACAACCAGCUGCAGAAGCUUCCGCCGGAGAUUGGGCUGCUGAAGAAUCUGGUCUGUUUGGACGUGUCCGAGAACGGGCUCGAAGAGCUGCCGGAGGAAAUCGGCGGGCUGGAAAGUUUGACCGACCUGCACCUGUCGCAGAACCGGCUGGAGAGUCUGCCGGACGGUAUCUCCAAGCUGACCAAGCUGACGAUCCUGAAGCUGGACCAGAAUCGGUUGCACACGUUGAACGAAAGCAUCGGCCAGUGUGUGCACAUGCAGGAGCUGAUCCUGACCGAGAAUUUCCUAAACGAGCUGCCUUACACGAUCGGCAAUAUGACACUGCUGAACAAUCUGAACGUGGACCGAAACUCGCUGGUGUCCGUUCCGAGCGAGAUAGGAAACUGCAAGAGUUUGGGCGUGCUGAGUUUGCGCGAGAACAAACUAACCAAACUGCCAGCGGAGCUGGGGAAUUGCUCCGAGCUGCACGUGCUGGACGUUUCCGGAAACCUGCUGCAGUAUUUGCCCUAUUCCUUAGUGAACCUACAGCUGAAGGCGGUGUGGCUUUCGGAAAACCAAGCACAACCGCUGCUAACAUUCCAACCGGACGUAGACGAGGCGACGGGCGAUCAGGUUCUGACCUGCUUCCUGCUGCCCCAGCAGGACUACGUCCCACCCAGUCCGGAGAAUCGCGAAGACACCGACUCCGAAGACUGGGAAGAACGGGAAGCAUCGCGCACACAUUCGGUGAAAUUCAGCGAAGAUUCCAACGCAGACAAGGACACGCCCUUCGUCCGCCAAAACACGCCCCACCCGAAGGAGCUAAAACUUAAGGCGCACAAACUGUUUGCCAAGGAGCGCAAAUCGGACGACAUGAGCGGUGCCAAUCUUGACACACUGUCAGAGGAAUCGUCCUCGAAACCGUCGCUGCUGAACAAGACGGGCACCGCCGGUGCCACCAUGGACGACAUUCAGGGCAGUGUCCCAAAUGAACCACCCAUUUCCGAAGAAAAUCCCAACAAGGAAAACGAACAGCAACAACAGCAACAGUACGGCACUGAGGACGACAACUACGAGAAGCGGGUCGGAUUUGACGUCAACGAGGAGGAGGAACACUACUAUCCGGACGAAAACGAGGACGGACCCGAGAAGAAGCCCAUUUCCAAGCUGCAUCGAAGGGACACCCCGCAUCACCUGAAAAACAAACGCGUCCAUCACGCCAUGUCCGAAAAGAACAACAGUCUGGUGCUGAAUUCGCUCAAACUGAAGGAAUCGCUUCCGCCAGCGCCGCUGUUGGACGAACAUCCGCCGCCGCCGCAUCCGGUGGUGCUGGAAACGGUAGCGGAACCUCCCGAAGCCGGUGAAGACGCCCUGGACAACUUCACCGAGCUGAAGGAGGAACGGUUCGAAAUUCACAUUGAACGCACAUCGGCCGGCCUGGGGCUCAGCAUUGCCGGUGGCCGGGGUUCGACCCCGUUCAAGGGGGACGACGAAGGCAUUUUCAUAUCCCGCGUGACGGAGGGUGGUCCGGCCGAUCUGGCCGGUCUGCGGGUAGGCGAUAAGGUACUUAAAGUGAACGGUAUCUCGGUGGAAGAUGCCGACCAUUACGAUGCGGUGGAAGUGCUAAAAGCAUGCGGCUCCGUGCUGGUGCUGUUCAUUGCGCGGGAGAUAACACGUUUAAUUGGACAUCCGGUGUUCGAUGAGAGCGGCUCGGUUGCACAGAUCGUCGAGCAGCAGCAGCCUCAUCAGCAGCAGCAGCAGAAAGUGAUUCCACCGCCGAUUGCCGUUGCAGUCGAGCAGCAACCGCUGAUGAUGGAAGGAAUUGCCGGUGGAGGAGGAGGAGGAGGAGGUGGAGGCCUGGGCGGAGGUGGAGAAGUACCACAUCCGUCGUUCAACGUCGUUGGGCUGCCGAAUGGAAACGCAGGAACUCCUCCGAUGCCGAUGACGAUGGGUUUGCUCAAUGGAAAUGAAAUUACCCAUAAAGUUAUCCUGCACACAACACUCAUCCGCGAUCAGAUCGGGCAGGGGCUCGGUUUCAGCAUAGCCGGCGGUAAGGGGCAUGCACCGUUCAAGGACGGUUCCGAGGGAAUUUAUAUUUCCCGAAUAACCGAGGGUGGGGUGGCUCACAAGGAUGGGAAAAUUUUGGUGGGCGAUCGCGUGCUGGCGAUCAACGGAAUUGACAUCACAAAUGCCCAUCACGAUGCCGCUGUUCAGCUGUUGACCGAUCAUCAGCGCUUCGUUCGAUUGGUGGUUCAGCGAGAAGUCAAAGGUCCACUGGAACCGCCAACCAGCCCGCGAAGUCCGAUGCUGAAAGGUCUCAACCCAACCGGAUAUAUGGCCAAUCGACCCGCUUAUUCGGGUUAUCGUCGUUCCAUUGAGGAUGCCGCUGAACUGAAUUCGUCAGCGACGGAGUAUCCGCCCCAGCCGGAAGUAAAACACACAACUAUUCGCAAGCAGCCGCAACAGCAGCAGCCAAUGGCCGCCGGUGAGCCUCAGCAAGUGCCCCAGCAACAACAACAACAGCCACCAUUACCUGCCCCACGAACAGUAUUAUCCCCACAAACGUCUGUAAAUAACAAUGGCCACCCGGUGGUGGUGACUGCCAAUGGUAGUAGUUCUAACAACAACAGCAAAAUCAGCAGCAACACAAACGGUAGUAGUAGCACACACAGCAGCAACAGCAACAGCAGCAGCAGCAAUAUUAGCAAUCAUCAUCAUCAUCCGCAAUCACUGUCGUCGUCGUCGACGACGACGACGACUUCAUCCUCGGCCGCUGACACCGUAAUCAACGGUACAACAAGCAAUAGUAACAAUAGCUUGGUUGUUGUCAAGUCGCCGGUAAACAACAACAGCAGCAGCGACGGUAGUAGCAGCUCCGCCGCCGCAAACAAUCACACCGACGACACGCAGGUAGCGGCCCGGCCGAUGACGAGCGCCGACUUCCAGGCCAUGAUCCCGUCGCACUUUAUCAGCGGAGGCCGCCAGGUACACGUGGAACGGUUGACGCAGGGCGGAAACGGCACCUCAGGAGCCGAUCCGACGGCGCCCGGUGGUCCGUCCGUCACCGUUACGGUGCAGAAAGCCGUCCCGGAUCUGCCGAUGCUGCCACCGGCGCCGACCGAGCUCGGCACCGUCACCGAGACCAUCACCAAGUCGACCUUCACUGAGACGGUAAUGACCAGGGUUACUGACAAUCGGUUAUUGGAACCACUAAUCAGUGAGGAGGUCGUUCUGCCCAAGGAUCAGGGUUCGCUCGGUUUCAGCAUCAUCGGGGGCACGGAUCACUCGUGCACACCGUUCGGUUCGCACGAGCCCGGUAUUUUUAUUUCCCACAUCGUCCCCGGUGGUAUCGCGGCCCUGUCCGGCAAGCUACGAAUGGGCGACCGCAUCCUGAAGGUAAACGGAACGGAUGUUACCAGCGCCACGCACCAGGAAGCGGUGAUGGAACUGCUGAGGCCAUGCGACGAAAUUAAGCUGACGGUUCAGCACGAUCCCCUGCCCGCCGGUUUCCAGGAGGUCGACCUGGUGAAGCAGGAAGGCGAACGGCUCGGUAUGCACAUCAAGGGUGGCCUCAAUGGGCAGCGGGGCAAUCCGACGGACCCGGCCGACGAAGGAGUGUUCAUCUCGAAGAUCAACAGUUCCGGUGCGGCCAAACGGGACGGCCGGCUGCGCGUUGGAAUGCGCAUCCUCGAGGUGAACGGAGCGUCGCUGCUGGGUGCCACCCAUCAGGAGGCGGUCAAUGCGUUGCGCGCCUCCGGCGGAACGCUGCAUAUGGUCGUGUGCAAAGGCUACGAAAAGGGCGAUUUGGUACAUCAAUCCAUCGGUAGUGCCGGUGGUAUGAGUACCGGUGUGAGCAAUAAUGGGCACAGUACUAGAAUAGGUUCCCGAGCUUCGGAAACAGGCUCCGAGCUGAGCCAAAGCGUAUCGAGCUUAGAUAGAGAGGAUUCAAUUAUUUUUGCUGACACGCAGCAUAAAAUCAGCGUUGAUCGGGUGCCGGAAGAAGAUCUCCCGGUAACUCCUCCCCUCCCCGAGAAAGUAACACCUGUCAGCACACCCCACCAGCAACCGUCGUCGACGGUUGCGACCGUUCCGACGGCGCCAGUGGCUAGUUCACAGCAGGCCCUAGCUCGUGCAGUUCCACCCAGCGCGGAAUCACAAGCCCUCGUCAGUACGCGGGAAAAGAGUACCCCGGAAAAGGUUUUGGACUUCGUGCGGGCAGCGGAAUCGCUGGCACUGGGCGGUACCCUGGUCGAGAAUGGUCCACCCAAGUCGCCUACGGAGCAGCCAUCGGCGGCGGCCGAAAACCUCCAGAAGACGACCACGAUCGUGAUGUCGAAGCACACGCUGGACACCCAAGCGCCACAGGUUGAUCGCCGAUAUGGAAAUAUACGGCCGUUGUUGCAUGCAAAUAAUGAUCCUUCCAAAACCUCAAUAACCUCCUCCACUAGUACUACUACUACUACUGUUGCUACUACCACCACUACCACUAGUUCUACCACCACCUCUUCUGCCAAUACUAACAACAACAACAGCAACGUCACCACCACAAUCACCUCGAGCUCAGUGUCGCCGGAGCCGCUGCCCGGAACAAAGAGCUACAUUCCAGUGUACGCACCGAGCUCGUACGAACGGUCUAUGUUUAGCGAUCCAGCGAAGAAAGAACCAACGCCCGAGCGGCGCCAACCAACGCCGGCCGCCCGGUCGGUAACGCCGGCCGCCCGGUCGGUAACGCCGACUUCCACCGUCAGCGGCAGCAGCAGCCACCAUCGCAAAUCGGUCAGCUUCGAUCUGGACGAAUCGGGUGCGGGCGAGGAGCACCGACGGUUUGCGACGACGGGUACUUUCGAACGGGAUGCCAAUAAUAAUCAGCACCAGUUGAAGGGAAUUCUCCGAAGUGGAAGUCCGACCGCUUCGAGCAGUCGCAGUCGCAGUACGACCCCGGAAGAUGCCCGGUACGUGCGAAGUGAAAUCGUGGAUGAUGUUCUUGUCAGUGAGGAGGAAGAGGAGGAAUCGUUGAGUGAGGAGGAGUUCGAUAGUCAGGAGGGAAGUGAAAUUGAGAUGGAGAAUCCAUUCAGGAAGGACUUUUUACGGGGUGAGGUUGAUGUUUAUAAAGAGGAAGAGUUUGUGCCACGGAGGACGUCACCUCCGAAGACGAACCGGCCUUUGUCGCGGGAACUGAAGAAGGCGGAGAUUGUGCCAAACGUAGGCAUUCGGAACAUGCAGGACGAGCUGGGUCAGGGCGACUUCGUUGAGUAUGAACACGACGUCCGAACGAAUACGAUCCGCGAGGUGCGGAGUAGUUCGACGCAAAACUUAACCAGCCGCAGCAUGGAACGUUUGCCGAGCUACGAAAAGAUUGAACUGAUAGCGGCCAAAUUCGACGUUCUGCCGUCGAAAAAGAGGGCAGAAUUUAUUCACGAAAAUUUCAAGCAAAAUACGCUGGUGCCAGAGGAAACCCAUCGCCAGGUGCUGCUGGAGGAGAAUCGAAUCCGCAACGAAAUGCUUUCUCGAACGCAAACAAACCCGUUCCUGGAUGCGGGUUACGACCAGGAACCGCCGCAGCACCACUCACCCUCACCUGUGCCAGCACCAAUGAUGCAGCACUGGUCCGGAUCGACUCCUCAAAUCUACCCACCGAUUCAGGUGCUCCCCGUUCACUACACGAAACUGCCGACUCCUCAGCACACGGUUUACACGUACACGCAAGCCGGACCUCACUAUCACCAUUAUCAACAGCAACAACAACCUCAUCACCAUCAGCAUCAGCAUCCGUAUGGCUACAGUUAUAUGUCGCCCCCGCCAGCACCGAAAACGCCGAAAAGUGUCUCCGACAAGAAGCGCUUCUUCGAGAAUGCCAUGGAGGACCAGCGGAAGGAAACGCCCAAACCCGAGAAAGUAUUCUCCUUCCUUUCGAAGGACGAAGUUGAGAAGCUGAAGCAGGAGGAGGAACGAAAGAUCGCCACCCUGGGACGGCGACACAUUCAGGAACGUGCCUACGAACCGGAAGACGAGGAAUACGGCUACGGCUCCGGAGACGAACAGCAGCAGCUUCGAUCGAGCGAUCGAUACGGCAAAUCGGACGAAAACGAUAACGAUAUGAGUAGCAGUCCAUUAGCGGAGUCGACGACGACGACGACCUCGGCGCCAGCGCCGACGAUGGACGGGUUCCACCAGUUCCACCAGCAGCGUGGAGUGACGCCACCUCGUUUGGUUUCACCGCAACCCCCUGGACCCGGUUCCGGUUCACCGCAUACGCCACUCAUGACGACACCGACGACGACGACGAGAAUCAAUCAGCAGUCGACGGCGGUCAGCCGCAUUCCGAUCCGGACGGCGAACGCGGAAAAGCGAGCCCGAGCGAACGAUAUGCUACCGCCGGAGUACGACGAAUCGAAGCUCAGCCCGUCGGAGAUACGAGCGUUGAGAGCCCAAAAGCGAGCUGCCUGGCGACAGGCACGGCUUAAAUCGUUGGAAAACGACGCUCUGCAGGCACAGAUCAUGAUCCAGACGAUGAACGCCGUCACGAUGCAUGAGGAUGGCCACAAUCCGGCUAACAGUCUCAACAACAAUAACAACCCGACCGUGCUACAUCUCCGGUCGGAUCACGACUACUACCCGACAAUCGUCGAGCAGCCCGCCGGUUGCAGUGAGGACCAACAGGUCGAAACGAUGCGUGAAAAAAUCAUUAUGCUGGAACUGGAGGAACCAUCCUCGGGAAGCGGCGAACAGCAACAGCAGCAGCGGCAAGUCCAACCCACCCAAUCAACUCCUGCGUCUGCUUUGGAAAAGGAUACUUCCGACCAUGAAGACUCGACGGAAGCGGCGGAUGUUUCGCUGGAACACGAUGACGACGACGAGGAAGAUCAACCGGAUAGUAUGGUGAUCCACGAGGACCAAUUUUACGACGACGAAGAUGAUGACGAUCAAGUUGCGCCGCCAAGUGGCGGCGGCAACCCACUGCAGACCAUUGUGGAGGUGGUGAAUCCGACCGUCGGUGACGGUCACGGUCAGAUUCAUGACAUUAUCAUCGGGCGGUACAACGACGACUACUACGGGGCCGGGGAUGAUUCCCUGGCGUCGGCUUCGUCGCCAUCCACCACGUAUGGGGUUUCUUCCUACGGAGGUGGUGGCUACGAGGAAGGUCGCUACGAAUCGAUUAACGAUAAAAUGAAGAACGUCCUGCGGGAGCUCAAGCAGAACGAAAAGGUGAAACUGAAUCUUAGUAAGAGUCUGACGGAGGAAGAACUAGCGGAACAGGGCGAGGGAGAUUACGAUGAGGAGGAAGAGGAACCGGAACCUUACCAUCAAGCGAACCCACAGGAAGAGGACGACGAGGACGAAGAGUUCCGCCACUACGAGGAGAAAACCGGUGCAAUAGGGACGGUGUUUAUGGUGCGUGAGCGACUGAUUAACGAUUUCUACACGCAUCACGCCGGCGAACUGGCCACAGUGGACGAGCCAGCUGCCACAGCUGCUGGCGCACCAGCAGCAGCAGCCUGCUCCCGGCUGGACUACUUCGACGACGGGGGUUGCGAAGUGAUUCAGAACCCGAACGCUCAAGCCUUCGAGGAUGAACUGGAGAAGAUGCACAAUCUAAGCAAACUGCAGCAGAUGACGCUGCAGGACGAAAAGCUGCGGGCGGUUUUCUGCGCCGGAGGCGAUGACGACGACGAGGACGAUGAUGAGGAUGACGCCGACGCAGUGGCGUCCCAUGGGGAAUCGGCGCCUGCGCCGAUACCGUCAUCGACAGGAGAUCGAAGUAGAAGUGCGGUAGAACAGUCGGAAAAACCGAGCGGCAUUCCCGUUGUUGCCGGUACCAACGGGAGCGGCAGCUCGAAACGGAAGAAGCGAAAGGGUAAAAAGAAAAAGUAGAUUCUAAGAGACAGACGUCGUCAUACCAGGUAAGUGCAACACAGAGCAGUCCCAUCCGUCCUAAAUCACAAAAUAAGCAACUAAGCGUGGUACGCUCAACGCAAUACAUCGCGGGGGGUGACCGCUUUUUUAAGUUCUGAACAACAUAACAAGAAUAAAAUCGUUUGUUGAUUUUUAACCGUGAAAAAAAUAAUUUCUCGUUCGUGAGAGUUCGAUAGUAUUUUAACAGUGAAAAGGAUCUAUUCCAUAAUUAUUCCCUCAUUAGAAGUUUUUUUUUAAUCGUCAGUUGGUAGCUAACCGGGCCGACAAUAAUUCAGAAUGUUAGAGUAUGUUAAGCAUUAGUCUGCAGCAUUCUUACCGUUGGGGGGAUGGUGUGGUCUGUUAGGUAUAUUAUUAUUUAUUUAUAAUCAGACCAACCGUAAGCAAGGCAAAAGCUAAUUAAUCGGUAAUCACAAACCCUAGUUUGCUGCUUUUUACGCAAUCAAUCUCAUACUGCUACAAUUAAUUCUAUUAUACUACUACUGCUAAAGUUAAGGACAAAAAUCAAAUGGAUUCCAAACGCGCACACACGCACGCGUGUGUGAGUGAAGCAAGUGCGCACUGAGCUAUAUUAAUGAACUGAAACUGAAUUUCAACGGAUGAUAAUCACUGUCAGAUCAGAUCCUCUACUCACUCAAAAAAAAAACAGUAGCCUCAAUAUUAUCAGAAUCCAGCCAGGAAAAAAUGGUGUAUUUUGCCGUGGAUGAAAAAAUAAACUCGACGUUCGGUGGACCACCAAGUGGACCGGCCGGCUAAUA